AUGGGUUUCGAUUGGGUUUCUCCAAAUGUUGUAGCUAUUGUAGACAGAAUUGGUCAAUUAAGAGAUCAAAAAAUUGAAUGGGAAAGAGUCACUAUUAUAAUAAAUAAUGAAUUUGGCAAUUUAAAUCCACCAAAUGGUUUUACAAUGUCUCAACUUAAAACUUAUUAUUGUCGUUUAAAACCAAAUAACUUAUAA